GUCUCGCGCAUUGCUCAAAAUGGGAAUUGGCCUGUAAGUAAAACCCCCAACAAUGAAUGAUGAAUCCCUUCUUCAUUUCAUGAGCUCUACUCUUCGGCAGCUGUCCCUUUUCCCAUCUUCUCUUCACUACGCCAAAGCAGUUAUUUAGAAAUUUUCAGAUCCGUUCAAGAUGAGCCAUGACGAUUUCUGGAGGGACAUAGUUAUUUAUAGUCCCAUUAUGGAUUUGGAUCAUGUUUUCCCUCCCAUAGGAGAGCUUCAAGUUCAACAGCCUGAUAAUGCGCCAUUCGAAGUACAACCCAGAGCGAACGAACCACCGAUAUCGAUCGGUGAUAAUCAGGAGAACUCGUCGAGCAGGAAAAGAGAUCCGGAAGUAGUUUCUCCUAACUUAUCGGACGCCAAAGGAAAACGCCCAAGGAGACGGAGUACCAAUUCUACCGGUGAAUCGUCAACUUCCGGGGAACCAGCAAAAACGAAGAAGGAAACAUCGGCUUACGCCGAGGAAAUCAGGCAUUUAACUGUGAAGAAAAGUGUGAAACUUUUGAUAGAUCGAAUCAACCAUAGGAUGAAGAGCGUGAGGGAGAUACAACUUAAUUUACUCCGCACCCACAACCAUAUCAAGUCGCAAUGGUCAAUGGCAGCCGAACUCCAAAAAAUUAUGAAAGAUACGGGUGCUCCUGAAGCAGAAAUCCAGAAAUUUAUGGAAGAUAUGAUUGCUACGGAAGCUGAAAUCCAGAAAUUCAUGAAAGAUAUGGACGCUACGGAAGCAGAAAUCCAAAGGAUUAAACAAGUUAUCACGAAGAUACCCAAGGAUGGUAAAUUAACAGAAGCUGCGGCCAAGCAGAGAUUGAUCGAAAUGGAAAACGAGGAGUUAAAUAAAUUCCUUCUGGAUUUGCAAAAUGCAAGAAAGAUGUAUAAACAAAUCCUUCAGGAAACGGAAAGAAUUGAUGAAAAAACAAGCAAAUUUCUACCAUUCUUCCUUGAUAGUAAUAAUAAUAUGUUGGCUUAUGGAAUACCAUCUGAUAUCAAAGAAAUUGAUGAUCAAAAUCAAGAUCAAGGAGGUUUAUCAACUUCGGUUGCUUCACAGACCGAAUUUUGUAAUUUUAAGAACCAAUUUCUUCACAAAGAGAACAAUAAAGUUGGUUUUCAAGAUUUCGAGGGCUUGCAAGAGGCAUUGGACAAAGCUGGCUGGGGGAAAACUCCAGAUUACUUAGAACACAUUGCUAAGAAAAUCGAAACGGACAUCGGUAAGCAGAUUAACAAUCCGCGUAUCCGUGUUCUGCUCUCCGCUACGAUCAAAGAGAUGAAAGAUUUGAGAGUCGAGGAAAUGGAGUUGGACAUGUCUAACAUGUUUAAAAAGUGGGCGGCCACGCUCAAUUCCGCCAAGGAAGAUGGUUUUCAAGUGGAAUUUGCUUACAACAAGCUGGAGAAAAUUAUGGGUCUCUACUUUUAUUAUCAUCAGAAUUUAAAAGGCUAAGGUUUGGGAAUCGUAUAUGGCCAAGCUCUCUUGGUUGUACAUCAAAGGGUACUUUGCAGUUGCAGAAAAAACUUUGGUAAAUUGCCAGAACAGAUGAGCUUCUAUUCGGAUUCUAUUUCGGACUUGGUUUUGGUACUUUUCUCUAUAAUCAUAUUUGUAUUGUGCUUUCGGUAUCUCGAGCCUUAGAUUUGUAUUGUGUUUAUGUAUUUUGUUGUGAUAUAAUCGUAUUACAAGGAUUCAAACUUUGAUAUAA